GAAGCGGCGGGCGGUGGCAGCAAGACGGAGGUGCGGCGGCGGCGCCCUCGGGCCGCGGCGCGGUGGCUGGAGGAUGGGCACCCAAGGCAGUCCGGUGAAGAGCUACGACUAUCUGCUCAAGUUCCUGCUGGUGGGCGACAGCGACGUGGGCAAGGGCGAGAUACUGGAAAGCCUGCAGGACGGGGCGGCCGAGUCCCCCUACGCUUACAGCAACGGGAUUGACUACAAGACAACCACCAUUCUGCUGGACGGCCGGCGUGUCAAGCUGGAGCUCUGGGACACAUCGGGCCAGGGCCGGUUCUGUACCAUCUUUAGGUCCUACUCCAGAGGUGCACAGGGCAUCCUCCUGGUAUAUGACAUUACCAACCGCUGGUCUUUUGAUGGCAUCGACCGGUGGAUCAAGGAGAUUGAUGAGCAUGCACCUGGGGUUCCUCGGAUUCUAGUUGGGAACCGGCUGCACCUGGCCUUCAAGCGGCAAGUGCCAACAGAGCAGGCUCGUGCCUAUGCAGAGAAGAACUGCAUGACCUUCUUUGAGGUCAGCCCCCUGUGCAACUUCAACGUCAUCGAGUCCUUCACAGAACUCUCUCGCAUCGUGCUCAUGCGGCACGGAAUGGAGAAGAUCUGGAGGCCUAAUCGAGUGUUCAGCUUGCAGGAUCUCUGCUGCCGUGCCAUCGUCUCCUGCACUCCUGUACAUCUCAUCGACAAGCUCCCACUGCCUGUCACUAUCAAGAGCCACCUCAAGUCCUUCUCAAUGGCAAAUGGCAUGAAUGCUGUCAUGAUGCAUGGCCGUUCCUAUUCUCUGGCCAGUGGGGCCGGAGGCAGCAGCAGCAAAGGCAAUAGCCUUAAGCGGUCCAAAUCUAUCCGUCCCCCUCAGAGCCCUCCCCAGAACUGCUCUCGGAGCAACUGCAAGAUCUCCUAGCAGUACCAGUGCGGAUCACCUGUGCAGACUCUGGGAGGCUCACUGGGGUGUUCCUGACCAGGUACUAGGCCCUGCUGUGUGUAUGAGGACUUGGCCACACAGCCCUGCUUAGGAGGCACCAGGUUGCCUCCACACCUGGCCUGGGAAGAGAGGAGAAGCAUGUAGGAGAACAUGCUCUGUUAGACUGGCAGAAGGGCCUGUGGGCAGCUGGGCUGCUGGUGCUACAAGGCCCUGAUCUGAAUUAACCUCCAAUGCCACAGCUAUGUGGGCUUGGGCCAGGAGGGACCCUAGCUCCCCUUCUUAUUUAUACAGAGAACAUUUCACUCAUUUUGUAUUUUAAAGGGCUGUCUGGAAAGCCUGGAUGCAACCAUGUGAUGAAGUGGCCUCUCCAGGGUCACAGCCACAGGGCAAAUUCCACAUGUCUACAGAAGGAUUUAAGGCAGUGGUGGCAGGAAUGGCAAAGCUGGAUGAUUUUUGGAUUUGCAUACACUUUGUCUGGGAGGUACAGAGGGGCCAGUGGGGAACAGAUGGGCAAAGGCACCCUCCAGAAGCUUCUGCAGUGAUCUUGGCCCCAGCUUCAUUUUUGACUGGGGUAGUCAGUGUGCUACAGCCAAGAAUGUAGCUCCUGCCAACCCUCCGUGGAUGUCAUCCCUAUACAUUGGAGCUCUUAAAACUCAGGAGAAGGAAAAAAUGGGACACACCCCAUCUUUGCCACUCUGUAGUUCCCUCCCAAUUGUGACUUGACAACUUUGGUGAUGUUUACUACACAGACUCAGAUCUGUACCUCCAGGUUGAGGAAGCAGAACUGUUUGCAGACUUGUGAAAUGGAGCCAUAGCCUAUGCUCCUCUAGUGGUGUCCAGGUCACUGGCCAACUCUGUCCAGCCUCUGUUCUUAGCAGCUUGUGCUUAUCAACCUCAGCUAUGUUCCUGUAGCUGCUCCUUGCCUGACAUAGCCCUUCUGACCAGAAGCUCACGUAUCAUUGGAACUUCUUUGGCCUGUUUCUUAGUGUCACAACCUGGAAUAGCAGCCUCAUCUACUCUGUGGGCAAGAAUGGAUGCUAAACCCUCUCAAGAACCGUUGGCCAGCCCCUAUGCUGAAGCACAGCAAGGUCUGGUCAUCUUGCCCUUCUUGAAGCCAUGGACAAAUCCUCCACAGUGCUCCUCCUCCUCUGUGCCCUAGGUAGCCAUCUCCAUGGGGACAUUACCCUCUAACUGAUUUCUGUCCUGGUCUGAUGACAAAGCCUUCUAUUACACGGUGCUCAACUCUACCUCCUGCCCUGGUCCAUGGCCACAGCAGGAGCCCUGCCUCGGCCAUGGCCCUCCUCACAAGUACCCUCAUGUGUCCUGAGAUGGAUCUGCUCUCUAUGGCCAUAUAGCACCAUGGAUUAUUCUGUAAAGGGAGUCAUGCCAUCAGGGAGAGGACUGUGGUUGUGUGAGCUGCCUGAUACCAGUGGCUCCCUGGCCCUGAGGCUGACCGCAGGCAGGUUAGGCAGAGGACUCCUGCCCGUCGGACUUCAGAUUUCCCCCACUCACCUGUACAGCUGCUGCCAGCAAGGGCCCUUUCUUUGAAAUCAUGAACAAAAUUGCACAGACUUUGUUUUGAGGACCUGCAUGGUCUUGUGUGCACAGUAUCAACACUACCCUGCUGCUGUCGGACUCCACCAUUCCUGGGUUCUUUGAACUGUUCUUCAUUGUACAGUAAAUCUAAUUCAACUGUGA